AUGCCGCUGCAGUCAAAGAAAACUCCUAAAACAUAUAACGGAUACGAAGUUACCAGAUCCUCCAUUCGAAGACUCGAAAACGAGGUAAAAUCACUUAAACGUCAAGUUGAUGAAAUAAUUGCUCAAAAAAUUUACAGCCACAGUGAAAGCCAAGGCCCUGACAGCCAAGCUUUAAACGAGAUGAGGCAAACAAUAGAAUCCAAAGAAGAGCUCAUUCUGCGGCUUAAACUUAUGCUUUAA